AAUAUUAGUUUGAAGAAUAAGAAAGAAAGACUGAGGGGGGAGAAGGAGAAGAAGAAACCUUUCAUUUCCUGUCCGUACAAACUACCGACCAAAGCCUCCCGCGCUUCUUACGCUAAUCAAAACGACGUGCAACCUCGUCUCUCUCUCUUUCUCUCUCUUUUUCUCUCUCCUCCAUCUUCUCCUUUCCAGGUCCGAUCAGCAGUUUUGGUUAAUGUCUGAUGAGACUUUCUUCUUGUUCAUCAUCAUCAUCUCUUCAUAAAACAAAUGUACGAACGCCUGGGAGAUGACGAUAAGGAAGCGCUGGCGGCUCUCCCUGCCACACCGACGCCGCCUCGUAAAUCUCAAUCAUACAGCCAACAGCUUCGUUCCAAUACAACCGGUUUUUGCAAGAAGCAUAAUCAGCUUCGAAACCUUAGUCUCGACGAGGAGCGGAUCCCACGCGGAGUUAACCAGUUUUGCGAGAUUUGUGAUUUGCCUUAUUCAAACCCCGGGGCGAUUGAUCCAUCAACCACCAAAGGUGGAAGCAAUCGGUACGAGUAUCGUUUCCAACAGGUAGGAAGUGAGGCCGGCGUCGAAGAUGAACCGCCGUUUCCGGAAUAUGUCGCCAGCGGAACCGGGAUCUUCAGCGUCCCCACUAGGGCAGUCCUGCAUCCGGCGCGUCCUCCGUACCUUGAGCUGAGGCCACAUCCGUUAAGGGAGACUCAGCUAGGGAAGUUUUUGAGGACGAUUGUCUGUACGGAGAGUCAACUUUGGGCAGGACAGGAAUCAGGUGUCAGAGUCUGGAACUUGUCAGAUGCGCAUGAGCCUGGAAUCGGCAUGGAUGGACGAGCUCGCAGAGGAGACGAAGACGCUGCCCCUUUUUACGAGUCAACCAGCACUUCGCCCACUAUGUGUUUGAUAAUCGACUCUAGUAGUAAAUUGAUUUGGUCUGGUCACAAGGAUGGAAAGAUCAGAUCAUGGAAGAUGGAUCAAACGAUGGAUGAUAAUCCUUUCCAAGAGGGUCUAUCCUGGCAGGCUCAUCGCGGUCCUAUACUUUGCAUGGCCAUCAGUUCUCAUGGUGAGAUAUGGUCAGGUUCUGAAGGUGGUGUCAUAAAGAUUUGGCCAUGGGAUAUCAUCGGAAUCUCGCUUAGUUAUCCUCCGGAGGAGAGGCACUUGGCUGCUUCACAAAUGGAGAAAUCUUUCAUCGACCUAAAGAGUCAAGUUACUGUUAAUGGUGUGUGCAAUAUAUCUUCAUCAGAUGUUAAAUCUUUGCUAGCCGAUAAUGCUAGAGCUAAAGUUUGGGCAGCCGGGGCUUUAUCAUUCUCCUUAUGGGAUGCUCGCACUAGAGAGCUUCUAAAAGUAUAUAAUAUCGACGGUGAAAACAGAGUCGAUAUGCCCUCACCGACUCAAGAGCAACCAGUUGCUGAGGAUGAUUUGAAUGUGAAGUUUGUUUCGAAAUCCAAAAAGGAGAAAUCCCAAGGAGGUUUCCUGCAGCGUUCACGAAACGCAAUUAUGGGUGCUGCUGGUGCUGUACGACGAGUAACAACAAAAGGUGCAGUUGUUGAAGAUAGUAAAAAAACAGAAGCUUUAAUUCUAACUGCAGAUGGGAUGAUUUGGAGUGGAUGUGCAAAUGGCUUACUUAUACAGUGGGAUGGAACUGGAAACCGGUUGCAGGAUUUCCAUCAUCAUCGUUGUGCUGUUCAAUGCUUCUGCACUUUAGGGACACGAAUCUGGGUCGGUUAUAUCAGCGGUGUUAUCCAAUUGCUGGAUCUAGAUGGAAAUCUGAUUUCGGGUUGGGUUGCUCAUAAUGGUCCUGUUUUAAAACUAGCAGUUGGGUGUAGUUUUGUUUUCAGUUUGGCUAAUCAUGGUGGUAUACGUGGAUGGAAUAUCUUUUCGCCUGGACCACAUGAUAAGAUAAUGCGAUCUGAAAUUGCAAGAAUGGAACAUUUGUACACAAGGCGAGAAAAUAUAAGGAUUUUGAUUGGUACUUGGAAUGUUGGUCAAGGAAGAGCCUCUCAUGACGCCCUAAUUGCUUGGUUAGGUUCUGCGGUAACUGAUGUAGACAUUGUGGUUGUUGGUUGUCAAGAAGUUGAAAUGGGUGCAGGUUUUCUUGCAAUGUCUGCAGCUAGAGAAACUGUAGGACUUGAGGGGAGUUCAAUUGGACAAUGGUGGCAGGAUGCAAUAGGGAAAGCCUUGAAUGAAGGAACAACUUUUGAACGUGUAGGUUCAAGACAGCUAGCAGGACUGCUCAUUGCUAUAUGGGUAAGAAAGACCUUGAGACCUCAUGUUGGUGAUCUUGAUGUAGCCGCGGUUGCUUGUGGCUUAGGACGGGCAAUAGGCAAUAAGGGAGGUGUAGGUUUAAGGUUGAGAGUAUUUGAUCGUAUAAUGUGCUUUGUAAACUGUCACCUGGCUGCACAUUUGGAAGCAGUCAAUCGCCGGAAUGCUGAUUACGAUCAUAUAUAUCGAACCAUGGUCUUCUCCAAAUCCAACUUCAUUAACACAGCUGCUGCUGGCGUUUCAACGAGUUCUCAAACGACACGAAUCACAAAUGCACUGGGUAAUGCUCCAGAAGAGGCGAGACCAAAUUUGGCUGAAGCAGAUCUGGUCAUAUUUUUGGGUGAUUUUAAUUAUCGACUUUUUGGUAUAUCUUAUGAUGAGGCGAGAGACCUUGUUUCUCAGAGAAGCUUUGAUUGGCUUCGAGAGAAAGAUCAACUGAGAGUCGAAAUGGCAGCUGGCAAAGUUUUCCAAGGGAUGCACGAGGCUCAUGUUACAUUCCCACCAACUUACAAGUUCGAAAAAGGAAAACCGGGCUUAGGAGGAUAUGAUUCUGGAGAGAAGAAACGAAUACCUGCAUGGUGUGACAGGAUACUAUAUCGCGACAAUCGACCUUCUUCAACAGCAGAAUGCAGUUUAGAAUGCCCUGUCGUCGUUUCAAUAUUACAGUAUGAAGCUUGCAUGGAAGUAUUGGAGAGCGAUCACAAACCGGUUAGGUGCAAACUAAACGUUGAAAUUGCACAUGCCGAUAGAUCGGUUAGGAGACAAGAAAUGGGGAACAUCGCCAAACACAAUAAAGAUAUCAGUUUGUUACAUGAACAAUUUCAUUCCGUUUCAGAUACAGCUAUGAGCCAUGGCAACAUCGACCUUAGAAACCAAGAAGCCUUUACUUUAACGAUCACAAACAAGAGUGGGACCGACAAUGCCUCUUUCCAAAUUACGUGUCAAGGUCAGUUGAUCGUCGAGGAGAAAGAAAAAGAGAAAACGCCAAAUUAUCACCCUAGGGGUUCGUUUGGUUUUCCCCGCUGGCUUCAGAUCGUGCCUGCAGCUGGUAUGCUGAAACCGGGGCAAGUAAUGGAUAUAUUGGUGACUCACGAGGAAUCGAAAGAAGAGGAAGUUGAUGGAGUUCCAUCGAGUUGGUGGUCAGAAGACACAAGAGACAAAGAAUUGAUCUUGUUGGUGAAUGUUCGAGGAAACUGCUCGAGUGAAACAAAAUGUCAUAGGAUUAGCUUGUGUCACACUUUUUCGCCAACAAAACCGGUUCGAACUGGUUCCAGAAAUAGCAGCGGCAGCAGAAGAGGCCAAGGAGGAGGAGGAAGUACUCACCGUCGGUCUUCAGUUAAACGAGCUGGCAGCACCAACACCACCCCCGACAUUGACAGCGACCUCCAAAACAUUCAGAGUCCAUGAAAUAGAAGAACCAGUUUGUAUAUACUCGAGAUUUUGUGGCUCAACAGCCAGCAGUUAUGCCUGCUAUUAUUUUAUUCCAUUGAUUUCUUGUUC